GACACCGUCAGUGAUUUCACCACCACCAUCGAUUCCUACAUCAACAAGUCGCCUAUCACGAGCAAGUUCCGCGAGGACAACCCCAACUUGCGGCCUGUUGACGAUGCCUCGAGUACCUCCACCAUGGCCGAGUCCACCGAACGGAGAACCUUGGAUCUGGGCUACACUGGCAAACGCUUGGUCAACAAGCUGUCCUACUACAGCACCCAGCCGGUGUCGGAGUACUUGGGUGAACGGUUGCCCAGCCCUUCCAUUGAGCUCAUGGAGGCCCAGAACGACCAGGCUUCCAGGGACUCCAGGCUGGGCUACGCAACAAACCGUUUCUCGUUGUCAAGCUCGUUGUCACGGUUGUCGAUGUCUCAAAGCUCCCACUCCCAUGUAUAUAAGCCAGAAGCAAGUGAACCGAGAUCCAGCAUGGCAUCUGAAGUGUCCAUGAUGAGCACCGAUAACGAUUUCAUGACGAACCAAACAAACCCAUUCUGGAAGUACCAUAUCCUCAAGUUUGGCAAGGAUAUGUAUCUUACCACCAAUCCGGGAAUUAAGCAUAUGUACUGUCGUAAUGGACCUGGUUUUUACGUUGAAACUAUAUUCCCUGAUAAACUGAAAAAACCAAAAAUCGGGAAAGGGUUCACCUUGAUUUUUAAGGACAUUAACGGCAUUGAAGCAAACAAAAAGGACAAUCGUCCACCUAUUAUGAUCAUUACCAAGAAGGCAGAAUCUGAGGGUGGUUACUUCACCAUCUCAAUACCUAAAGCAAACAAAUCAUCAUCAUCAUCCAAUUCCAGAUCGAGCAGAAAAUCACCUAUGUACAACGGUUUACUCCUCCCCAAAAAGAUCAGCCCAAACUUCAUUCCACCAUAUUCUAAUAUUUCACAACAAGCAUUGCAUGAAUUCAAUAACUACGAAUUCAAGGAUUUUAAUAACUGCAAGUGGAAUGUGGGCUCUAUCCCAAGAGUUAGAAGCAGUAGAAUGAACAAGAUUAAGAGCAGAUUGAGAAAGACCUCGAGCACAAGCACCUUGAACAGUGGAAUCAAUACGGACCAAUACAAUGACCACAUGAAAUUCAUCGGCAAAAAGAACAUCUAUUUCCACCAAAACUAUCUUGAAGAAGGAGAUCAUAAGAAUCCAAUGAACCUGUUGUACAGGGACACGAGUGGAGAUCCUAGCAAAAUUUAUUUGCACGAGUCAAAUGGUGACUUUCCACCGGUGUUGGGUCUUUUUAGACCUUAUGAAUCGAAAGCUAGGAAGAGGUUGAUGAACUCGCUCCAGAAGAACAGGAAUAUUUUCCAAAAUAGAAAUAGCACUAGUAUUUCUACAAGUGCUACAAAGAUCAGUCGGAAUUCAUUGAGCUACGAUUUAGCUGGAGGUGACGUUAAGAAUUACUACAGAGGAGGCGAUGGGUUGUAUUACCUGUCUAAUCCAAGCGACGACACGCCUGACGAUAACAAGUUAGGCUGGAUUACUAUUUAUGAAGAUAAAAACCUUUUUUCAGGAGAUCAUAAUAAGGGAAUGUUCGAAAUUGUUGUUGGUUUAACAUUAGCUGUGGGCUUUGAAAGCUGUAUGGAGUAA